CACUAUAAGGAACAGACUGGCCCUCCGUUUCCCUCCCAUUUCGUUUCUCCGCUGCUUCCUCAGACUCAAGAGUGAAAAGACCAGACUGACCAGACACUGAAACAUUUCCACGGCGUCCAAACGCCUCUCACUGUAAACCUAAAUCUAGGGUUUCGCCAUCGCUACCACCUCAAAGCUUGCAUACGAACCGCCGUGUAGUUACUCCGAUAAAUGCCUGCUGCAUUGCUCCGGCGGUCCAGAGGUUUAUGAUCCGCGCUCAAAAAUUAGGGUUUUCUGAUGAAUCUGGAAAUACAAAAUUUUGGAGCGACGGAGCUCCUGACCAACUCGCUUCCAAAAUGCACCUAUUUCUCUUACAAUCACGACGAAAACGUCGCGUCCAAGGCCGGCGACGAUCUCCGGAGUGCAAAGAGCGAACGGUUCGACUUCGUGGAAGCCGAAUCGCUCCUGAUCAACUCGGUUUUCCGAGACAACAAGGCACAACUCGUGACUCACGCGAAGCGGUUCGCGGAGGCGUCUGGGGAGGCGAUUGACCGGAGCACGGUGUCGAAGCUCCUCCACCUCUGCUGCAACUUCGACUCACCGGAGUGCGCGUCGGCAUUGCUAGCCGGAGAGGUCGGAGAGACACCGCUGAUAAACGAGCUCGACGAUUCCGGGAAAUCGGCGCUGCACACGGCGGCUCUGGCUCACGCGGCGAGGUGCGUGGAGGUUUUGCUAAAGAAACACGCUCGUACGGGCCUGAGGACACGAGACGGACGCGCACAGCUUGCUCUGGACCUGUCUCUCUCUAACAGCAGGAUCGAUGUGAUUUGGACUCCGGAUGAUUACACCAUUGAGGACUUGGUUGUUGUUCUUGGUGAAAAGGAUUUGACGACUGUGAGACUUCUCAGUGAGAAGACGAAGGAACUAGGUGACGUGGCAUAUGCAAACGCCGUUGAAGGCCGUAUAGUUGCUUUAGCGGCUCUGCUUACAGUAGCUGCGGAGAAGGUGAACGAAGCGGUGUUGGAGUUGCGCGAUGCCGAUUCGGGUUCCAAAGAGAAGGUGACAAUAUACGAGUGCGUUAUACGGGAAGCUCUGUCCCUGGUCCCUUCAAAUACGCCGUUGAGGGCGGCCAAACGCACCUCGAGCGCCACGGAGAGCGACGAUGCCGAGAAAAGGAGGAUUCUGCUUCACGAGAUAGAGCUGCUUCAGCUCUUCGGAGCUGUUGCUCUCAGCAGUGGUACGGAUAAGAAGGUGAUGUCACCACUCAUCCGAGCAGCCCAGGUAGGAGAUGAAGCAGUCAUUCGUCUGCUUCUGAAGACAAAUAUAGAUGUAAAUGAUGCUGAUGAUGCAGAAGGAAAUUCUGCUCUUCAUUGGACCCUCAAACUGUCGAGAUUGUUGCAUCCACAGCAGAUCAAAAUUUUAUGGCUUCUCAUUAAGCAUGGGGCACGAGUGAGCCAGAGGAACAAAUUAGGAUUAACUUCCUUUCAUAUUGCUGCUGGUAGUGGUAACACAGAGGCACUUCAGGUCCUUCUGUUGGAAGACCCAGAAGGUGUCCAGUAUAAGACAGAAAUUAAAGAAACCCCACUGUUCUUUGCUGUGAGAAAUGACAACAUGGAGUGCGCUGAACUUCUUUUGAGCUGGGGAGCAAAUAGUGAAAUUCUCAAUCUGCGUAGACAAAGACCUAUUGACCUGACAAACUCGCAAGAUAUGCGUUUCAUGUUGCUGAACCCGACCAGUGUUAGCCUCAACACCAAUCAACAUAAAUGCCAUGCUUGUUCACGAGUCAAUGAGGCUUUCUCAAGCACCUGCGAAGCACUUCUAACCAUGCAAUAUGAAGACACCGCCACUGAAAGCAGUAAAGCCGAGAUUUGCAAAUACUUUGACUCCUCUCGCGGAUGUGUCAGAGGAUCUAAGUGCUUUUUUUCACAUGAUGUGGAGGAGCAUCGGAAAGUGAAGCAUGAAGCAGCCCAUAAUCAUUCUCCUGUUGAUAAAGCAUUAGCCCUCAAGCGCAUCUUCGUAGGAGGACUUCCUCCUUCAGUGGACUCUGAUUCGUUGGGUAAGUUUUUUGAAAAAGAAUUUGGGCCGGUGGAAGAUGCCAUAGUCAUUUUAGCUCAAAUGGAAAACAAGACACACUCUCGAGGCUUUGGAUUUGUCACAUUUAAAGAGGAGAAAUCUGUUUCUGCAGCUGUUCAUGCACACUAUAUCACCAUGGCAGGCAAGCCGGUUGAAAUAAAAAGCCUAAUACCAAAAUUGGCAGCUGAGUCGGUGAAAAUGGCACUUCGACAUCAAGAACAAAAGAAUUGCAAUUGCCAAUCUCCACUUCCAGCAAAGGUGUUGUCCAACGAGAUGAUUAUGGAAGCAAAUAAACCCAAACAAGGUUCUUGGCUUGAUAAGGUAGUCUACGGCCAACCAAACACAUCCCCUCAAGCACAUAAUACCAGCAGCCCCAAGGAUAAAAGCGUGCCUGUAUGGCUAAAGGCUUUCAAGAAGUGGUUUCCUCGCUUCUUACAACGUCUGCCAAAGCCCACGGUUGGAGAAUAUGCUCUCUCCUCUCUGAAAAGUGAUUUCAGGGCUUCUGUUGGCUUAGAACUGGAUCAUUCGCACAUUGGCUUCUCUAAGCUCAGUGACUUCAUCAAAUCUUUCUCCAACUUAUGUACCAUUAAGCAUGUCCCUAUUGGAAAACUCGGAUCUCUCAGUCACAUGGUCCUCCUACCAAAUCCCAGGCGUCACCACAACCUUUGUCAUGCAUUCAAAAUGCCUUGCAGUUCCCCUUUUUCUACACCAACUGAUGAUGGUGGGGAUUCAAAAUGUCUUCAUGACAUUUCAGUUGAGGCUGGCGGUGAUUCAAAGUGUCUUCAAGACCUCCCAAUGGAUGAUGUUGGUGAUUCAAAGUGUCUUCAAGACCUCCCAACGGAUGAUGUUGGAGAUUCAAAGUGCCUUCAGGAUAUUCCAACCGAUGAUGUUGGUGAUCCAAAGUGUGUUCGGGACAUUCCAACUAAUGAUGGCGGUGAUUCAAAGCAUCUUCUGGAGCUUUCGGUUGAUGAUCGUGCCGGAAACUCUGGGUACCCUAAAGAGAGACCCUCCUCUGGGAACCCUGAAGUAACCUCAGGAAAGGAUACAACAUCCCAUUGGGAGCAUUCAAGGGUCCUGCAAUUCUUGAAGCCAGAUCCUGUAUUCCAUGGUCGAAAAGAUUAUGAUGUGCAAGAAGUAAGAGGACAGCUUGUAGAGAAUACAGGAAGCACUAAGCCUAGCGAUCCACAGCGGCAUUUGGUUUUGGAGGCCCUUACCAGAAAUAGGAACAAAUCCUCGGGGUUCUUCCUUCGUGAAUUUGAUUUCUACAAGAACUACAAGGAAAGCAUCUUGGAGGGAAAGUGUUUUGCCUGCAACCAGAACCAGAUGUCAUGGGCCAACUUCCCCUGCCAACACUUGCUGUGGUGCGGCGACUGCAAAGUGCAGGCCAUACUGGCAUCUAGUGGUUCUGUGCAUAAAUGCGUGGUUUGUGAUGCGCAAGUACACAAACUCAUUUCACUUCCGCGGAAUGAUGAGUUCUUGCCUAUGCCACCUGGUCUUUUCCGAACUCCAUUCGUGCAGAAGACAUCUCCACUGAUGACCGGUAACAGAUGAAAUCAUUUGCACUCGAGGUCCCCGUGCAUAGAGGGGAGAAAUGCUGCAAGUGGAAGGCAGAUGACAGCUGAAGACGCAUAGUAUGAGGGUGCAGGUAAACUGUAAAUAUGCACCUGGAAAAGGUAAAGAGGUUAAAGGCGGGUUGGGCAUAGCGGUUCCUUCCCGCCACACUAGAAAAUACUUUUGGACUCAGGUCAAAACCGUAGAGUUUGCCGUAGAGUUUGCCGUAGAGCAGUAGCCUUAUAUCACUUAGAAGAAGGAAAGAAAAUGAUAGCAGAAGCAUUCUACUGAUAUAUAUAUAUAUAACUCGUUUUGUUGAUAUUUUGGAGGAUAGAAUCUGAAUACAGAAGGGAACUAUCAAAGUCCUCACAAUCCUUAUUUUGUCUUGCAAUGUAGCUACUUCUACGAAGUGUGACAUAUACAACAGUAAUUACCCUGAGCUUAUCUGGUUUAUGAUUCAG